GCGGGGACAUGGCCAGAAGAGCGGCGGGCAGCGCAGGAGCUCAGCGGCCAUGGGACAGCGGUGCCAGCAGCAGCAGCGCCCCGCCGCCAGCCCCGAGCCCAGCAAGGCAGGGCACGGCAGGGCGCUGCCCCCGCUCCUCCUCCUCCUCAUCCUCCUCCUCGCCUCCUCCGUUUCUGCUGGCCAAGGUGCACCGGUGCCAUCCCAAGCACUUGUAUCAGAUGAGGAUUUGCAGCUGUUGAAAGAGAUAGAUGAUGCAUGCUCUGCUUACCUGUCCACAGAUUCUCAGCCUCAGGUGUCCAGUACACUAGAAGAACUUUGUUUUUUGGUCAUGGGAUUUCUCCAGAAAGCACAGGGUUUAGAUGAGAAAGAGAACACCAAAAGGUUCUUAUUUCAUUAUUCUAAGACUCAUGACUCAGGCAACUCGGACAUCAUGUCGUCUGUCCUGCAUCCUUUACUGCAACUCGUUCCUCAGCUUAAUGAGAGAAGACUGAAGAGAUACAAACUGGACGAAGAACUUCAAGGACCUGGAGUGAUUCAAAGUAGAGGCUACUUUUUCUACAGGCCGCGUAACGGAAGGAGAUCAGUGGAUUUUCGUUAAGGAGGAUUAUAGAUUCCUGACUUAGAACUAAAACUGCAGGAAUUCUGAGUACAUGGACAUCCUGUUUCCCUUACAAUAAUUAUUUGUUAUUAAUGUACAAUUAGAAAUCACUUGAAUGUAAAUAUCCCUCAACCAGAUUCAGUUAAGAAGGUCUUUACUAUCUUGAUUAUAUUAAAAGCAUAUUAAAAUUAUUUGUUUCCUAGUGUUAUGAUGUUUACAACCACAUGUAAUUCCACUGUAAAAGAGUCAGUGUUUGCAUGCAACAGACAUUGCCUCUAACAACCCUGUUAAGCAAAUUUUCCCUUCUAAAUAAAGGCCCUCAGCCAGACAGUUGUUUCAAUGAGAAUGUUUGCAAUCAAGACUACUGUGUUUUGUCCAGAAUACAUUGUGAUUUGUGUUUCACUCUCUGAAAAAAAGAGAAUCCCCUUUCUCUUAAUAAAAGUAACCUGAACAAGUUG